AUGGCGGGCGACAAGAAGUUACUGGUUCUUUUAGAAUCAACACUGGGGCUUUCUUCACAAUUUAUCUCGUCUCUCUCGCUCUCCGCUGCAUCAACAUCCACCGCAACACCCCGCAGCGCAGAGGAAACGAACAAGAAUCUCCCACUCCCGCUACUCUCAGCCGCUGCCCAGACCCUCAAGUCGCAUACGGGGAAGAUCUCCCUCUUUGCAAUUAAUACCCCAUUUACACCAUCUGCAAUUACGUCGGUUCUUUCGCAAAUCAAUGAUUCAGCUCUCCCGUCACUGGUCACAGCUGCCUUGCUCCUCCACCCGGACCAUUAUACCAAAAUGUUUCAUGGGGAAAUCAGCUCAUUGGUCAAGUCAGCUCUGAGAGAAUACAUCACGUUGAUUAGCGAAAUUAAGAAGAUUGCGAUGGGGGAUGGGAAAACUCUGAAAGAAGAGGAUAAAGUGGCAGUCACAACUGCCGCGGGGAGAGUCUGGAAAGUAUGUGACCAGCUUGUGGCUGUGUCUACGGAUGGGGUUGUUGGGAUGGUGAUUCAGAAGGCGAAUGAGUUCUUGGAACUUAUACGUGAUGGUAUUAAAGAACUGGAAGAGUGGGAUCCAGAGGAAUCAGACGACGACGAUUGGGGCCUAGGAGAUGACUUUGCCGAUGAAGCAAAUGAUGAUACUGAAAAGGAUGGAGACGACGAUGAGGGUCGUGAGGAGAUGGUUGCCAUGUUGACUGGGGAGAAGAAAGAACUACUUCGCCUACUGACUCCCAUUGCUAAGCUCUAUGUGGCCGUGACCACACAGCGGUUAAAGCCACUGAAACUGCAGCCUAUCCUCCCAAAGCAUGCUUCCAACCUUGAUAAACUUACAGAUCAACUCAAACAGGUUGCAGACCUUGUUGACGAGGCUGCUGGAUCUCUAUAUGAACAUGAUACCCAUGCCGUGGCUUCUUAUACACACAAGUUAAAGAGUUGCGCCAUUUCCACAGUUCAGAUUGUUAGAAAACCAUGGUACCCCGAGAACAGUGUUAGCCCUUCAGCUGAUGAAGAAGCUGAAACUGAGGAUAAAUUUUCAAAGUGGGCAACAGUUUGGUUGAAAGUUGUCGGCGAGUUGGGGAAGCCUGGUGCUGCCAAUGGAAAAUAA